UAAAAAAACACAACAGACAACACAUAAUGGCCGUCCCUGUGAGAAAUAAAUUCUUCACGUGUUUUUUUUCGUUUCAUAAGAAAGUUAAUAGUCAGCAAACAUUUGGUUUGUUUUCGUCAUCAAAAUGUUUCCGACCGGCAAACUCUACUUCCAUUCACACGACCUCGCUCAAAUCAUCAAACUUAAUGCAAUUUUUCGAUGAUACUAAAAAUUUUGGAGCAAGUGAAGUCAAAAGUGGCCGUUCUUGGACAUUAGAUGAGCUUCGAAUCAAGAGUAAUGUUGAUCUACACAAAUUAUGGUAUGUGCUCCUGAAGGAAAGGAAUAUGCUGCUGACGAUGGAGUACAAUUGUCGUGAAGCUUGUCAUCUCUUUCCAUCACCAGAACGAAUCGAUAAAAUCCAGGACAGUAUGACCAGGCUCGAACAAGUCAUUCAUGAAAGAAAUGAUGCAUAUUGGCAGCUUGAAAUUGGUGAAGAAGCACCAAAACCUAGAGGUGAAAAUACAUUAGAUCCUACCGAUCCAUUAGCUGUUGUCCGUGGGCCAAUAGAAGCAGUGACACAAGUGAAAGACAGAGCAACAUUGAAGUUCCAAUAUCUAAUCAAAGAAAAGGAAAGAAAAUUGAGACUCAAGCAAAAAAGACUUCAUGAAAGAGAGGCAGCGAUGCUUCUCAAAUACUUCCCCAACAUGGAUAAAGAAGCUCUACAAGCCAAGUACCCUGACGUCAACGUAGAAAGACUCAGAUUCGUCAAGACUACUCGGGGAAGUCACGAAUUCAAUACAGCAUCAGCUCAGGCGGAAGAAAAUCCACACGACAACCCCACCAGAAUAGGAGUCUACAAAGUAAUGGGAGCUAAACCAACAACUUUAUUGUCACUUGAGGAUAUCGACGAAUGCUGCGAACUCACCUACUUCAGCCGCAGAGAUAUCAUUCGACUGUUUGACCGGUUUUACCGCAUAAAUCCGAAUGCCGUAAAAGCCAACCCAUUUGGAGUUAGACUUCCAGCGGCCGAUAUUUUUGCGUCAAUUGAAGAGCUCAAGUGCAAUCCUUUCCGACAGCGUCUGGCGUACGUUUUCUCUUCCAAACAAGACGAUUGUUUCUCGUUUGACGAUUUCGUCGAUCUCGCUUCGGCUUUUUGCGAAAAGGCUCCACCCAGCGUCCGCGCAUCUUUUGCAUUUAGAAUUUACGAUUUUGACAACGAUGGUCUGUUGACAGCCUCUGAUCUCGGGAGACUCAUCGAUUUUCUAACAUGCGAUUCAGAGAAUUCUACCAAACUACCGGAAAGGGACGAAGUCGUCGGCUAUAUCCUGGAAGAGGCCGGAGUAGAAGGAAACCGUUCAAUUAACGAAGCCGAGUUUCAACUUGUCGUAAAAAAGCUACCAGAUUUUGCUACCUCUUUCAAGCUCAUCAUGUAAAUUAACGAAAAACACGAGUAAAAAUGUCCCUUAAUUAUAUAGUUAUCGUUGCCAUGUCAUAAAGUGUCCUUGCAACAAAAAAUAUGGAAUUAUGCUAUGCUUUUCUCGAUCGCUUCCCUUGAGAUAUACGUUUCCCUUGAAGUGUAUCGCGACAGAAAAAAGGACCAAACACAAUACAAAACGUUAUUAAAUCGUA